AUGGGACAAAAAAAGAAAAACAAAAAAGGCGGAAGAGAGAGCAGCGGGGGCGAAAAAGAAAACAGAAGAGGCGGGGAAAAAGAAAGGGACGAGAAUCAAGGGGAGAAAAGAUGGAGAAGAGAAGUGGAAGAAAAGGAAGACCCCGGAUCUAGAACCAGCGCAAACAGAAGCAAGGGAAAAGAAAGAGAAGGUAAGAGGGAAACAAGGGAAGUAAGAGAGGAACUGCAAACCAAGAGAGAAGAAGAAAGAAAGAGAAUAGGAAAAGAAAAAGAGGGAGAAGAGAACAGACAGAAGGACGAAAAAAAUAAAGCGAAGAGUCAAAGGAAAGAAAACGCAAGGGAAGAAGGGGAAUCGAGCAGCUCUGACAGCAGUUCCGAUGAUGAAUCGGAGGAAGAGGAGCAAACACCCAACUGUAAUGCAAGAACAAAGUUGGAACGCCUCCAGGAUAGUGUAGCGGCCCUUGAAAAACUCAUGGUUGAGGUGCCAAAUACAAGGGUUGCCAUAAAGCAGGAGGUCGACAUCCUGAGAAACCGGUUGUUCGAUUAUACCGAGGAACUAGAGGAAAGCAAGAAGAAAGAAGAGGUUCCAAGGAAGUCUGUUUGCACGACAUCCAGAGGUGUGCAGACGAACAUGGAGCCCUUGAAAGUCAAGAAAAUGGCAACAAUGGGUGUUCAAGUGGACCUAGAGAACCCAGAAGCCAUUAAAAGGAGGGUGGACGCCAUCACGGAAAAAUGGCAAUAUGCGAGUACGAGGAAAUAA